AUGCUUGAUGAGAUGCCACCCGAAACGGAGGAUUCAGCUGGUGACUGGAUCCGUGAAAUGUUGUACAGACAACUACCGGUAGACAAAAGUCCUCUUUUCAAGGGCAAUCCGCUUUCUAUCGUGCAACUCACCCUCGGUGUUUCUACUGAUCCCAGUCAGCCGUGCAUCAGCCUUAGUUCCGCACAGUUAGUGCCUCUCAUCCCAACCAUGGAAUCAUGUCGUUCUAGAAAGGCUGACAUCUAUGAACCGGAAGAAGCACUAUCUCCCCUCCACUGUAUCGAUGAAGCUGGACCGUUUUCUUUGUUUGUGAAACCCAGCCAAACACUACCAACAGAAGAAUCCAUCUGUUUGAGCUAUAUCAUCACAACCUUGUUCGAAAUUGUUGGCUCACAGUACCUAAAGCUGAGGCUUCUCACACAAGUGUUCACCUUUGACCAGUUGGUGACGCAAUCGACCACGGAGGUUCAAUCUGCAAUUUGCAUUAGUGAUCGCUGGUUCGUCGGCUUCAAGGAUGUGCAUAAAGAAAACUAUCUUGGAGAACUUCUAAACAAAGUGGCCAGAAUUGGAUCCCCGAAAUCAAUGCAAACUGCUUUUGAACACGUGCUCUUGAAACAAGUCGUAUUGGACGCCGACCGAGAGGUACCCAUCCUCGCUUAUAAUUUGAGAUUCAACGGCGAUGACUCUGAACAAGCGACGAAUAUUAUAAACUACUGUGGACCACCUCAGUGAACUACUUUCUGCGUGCACAACAGAAAUUUUACGGCCACCGUCAAACGCUGUGCUGUGCUUCAACUAUUUUUCUUACAACUGACCAUGAUCAUGUCUAACAAAUCAUGAAUAGCUAUCAUCAA